UUGAAUAAGUGUCAUUACUGUCAUUGGAGUUUCUGUAGAUUGUGUGGUUAUGUGACGAUUUAACCUCCUAAAUUGCAAUCAAAAACAGUGUAUCACAAGAACUGUUUGUGGUUUUAUUUCAGAAAUAACUUAGUUUCACCUCCAUCGUUUUUCCCACCUGACGGGUCGUGUUUUUUGCAAGAAGAAUGAACAUUCUGAGGCAAGUUAUUAGAAAAAUACCAACACAUGCAGAACUUUUAAUUCCUAAUAUCAGUGAAAAUAGCAAUGUGUCCAGCAUUACUUCAUUUUUGAGUAACAAGUUGUCGUGUAUGACCAUACAAGAAAGGUCAAUGGCUUCUUUAUACCAAAUGCAUAAAACGGGACCACAUGUCAAAACGAGGCCCGCACGCCAAGCCUUAGAUGGUAAUCCUUUCAUGAAAGGGGUAGUACUGAAAACCCUCAUAAAAAAACCAAAGAAACCAAAUUCAGCCAACAGAAAGUGUGUUUUAGUUAGAUUAUCAAAUGGAAAGGAAAUGGUGGCAUAUGUGCCAGGAAUUGGGCACAAUUUGCAGGAACACAACAUAGUCCUUUGCAGAGUGGGAAGAGUGCAAGAUUGUCCUGGUGUCAAAAUCAAGUGCGUUAGAGGAAAAUUUGACCUUGGUCAUGUUGUUGUGAAUAAAAAGUAAAAGUUAUGUAGAUUAUUAUAAAAGAAUUAUCAUAU